UUGACCUCAGGAAAUAGUACUGAACAAAAAAUAAAUGGGAUAGAUGAGAUACGACUCUAUAUUGAUGCCCAAUAUAUAUCAGCAUCAGAGGCUUCUUGGAAAAUCUUUCAUUAUAGAUUGCAUGAUGAAAAGCCGGAUAUUCAACGACUUCAAGUACACCUUCCAGAUCAACAGAUGGUAGUAUUCUCAGAUAAUGAACCUCUCCAAGAAGUCCUACAACUAAACAACAUUCAUAAAACAAUGUUAACUGAAUGGUUCACAGCAAAUACCAUAUACCCGGAAGCUAGGGAACUAACCUAUAAUGAUAUCCUUGCACAAGCCCGCCAUGAAGCUCGAGAUUAUACUCUAGAACUAAGUGCCGAAUAUUUGCAAAACAAAGCACUACAUCAUAUUCAAUCCAUUCUUCGUCAAUAUGGUAAGGAUCUUAGAAGCUUUCCAUGUAUGCCCACUCCAACUAUGCAAUUACUACUAAUUCAUGAAAGUUAUCUUAUCCAAGAAGAACAACGAUAUAAUAUUCUUGCGCUUGCUCAAAAAGUCAAUAAUGACAAAUCACGACUUAAUUCUGAUCAGCUUUUUGUGUUUAACACCGUUAUGCAGGCUGAAUUCGCUAAUUGGUUACAACAGCUUGGAGAGGUAUAUAUACAAACAGUUAAUCAGGAAGAAGAUAUAAUAAGGCUGCCUAUGAAUAUUGUCAUAUCAUCUCAGGAUAUCCAAGAUCUAAUUAACUUUGUAUAUACUGAUCUUACUGCUCAAUAUAACAACUCUGAGUAUCUGGUAUAUCGAGCAAUCCUAGCACCCAAAAAUGAUGAUGUUGAUAUAAUCAAUAAUGCCAUUAUGCAUGCAUUCCUAGGAGAAACAAUAACAUACUUUAGUGCAGAUUCUCUUGAUGAUAACAAUUAA